AUGAUUUUCUAUGCCAUCUGUGGUUUUCUUUUCCUCUGGUUGCUUGCCGCUCCAGGUGCUGGUCUCAUCUGUAACUUGAUUGGUGUUGUCUAUCCUGCCUAUGCUUCAGUUGUUGCUUUGCGUUCGGCUGGGAAAGAGGACGACACGCAGUGGCUCGUGUAUUGGACUACCUAUGGAACCUUCUCUCUUGUGGAUCAAUUCGCCGACCGCAUCACUCCCUACUUUCCGCUGUAUUGGCCGCUCAAAGCGCUCUUCCUUCUCUACUUGUAUUUGCCUCAGACUUAUGGAGCGCAGAAUAUGUACGUCAAGUACCUCGAUCCGGCGUUCGAUAAGUUGGCGAAACGAGUGGCGGCAAUGUAGAAGUUUGUUCAAUGCGCUUGGAUGAUGAUGGUGGAUGCAAAAAAGAAGAGGGGGAAUAAAGAUGAAUAAAAUAGGAAAAUAUAUUGAUAAUAAUUAUUCCCUUGUGUAAAUAAAUAAAUAUAUUUUCCUUCUGCCUAUUGUAUGUAUUGAUAUUAUUGAAAGUAUGUAUAUUUUGUUGUAUAAAAAUUUCUUGAAAUUUUUUUGAAGAUUUUAGAGGACUUAUUUUAUGAAAGGAAUGG